GGGAAAAUAAACUAGAGAUACGAUCUAUUGUGCAAGCUAACAUAUCUGGAAAUCGAUUAUUGUAACAACUGAACACAGAUGAACAGGACUGCAUUCAGCUUUGCUUUCUUAUAUCCCUUUCAUCCUCAUGCAAAGGAUCGAUGUAGACAAUGAGCUAGAAAAGAUGGAUAAAGAUGUCAAGAAGAAGGAGAAGGCAUUUGUGUGCAAUAAGGAAGUCAUCAAUCCAGAGGAUACAGGGGACGCAACAGGGCUCACAGAGGCAGAGAAGCAGGUGAAGGCAAACAGAGAAAAAGACAAGGGAAAUGAGGCGUUCUGGUCCAAGGACUUCAAGGAGGCUCUGACGUACUACAGCAGAAGUAUCAGCCUGCUCCCCACUGCUGCUUCAUACAACAACAGGGCUCUCGCACACUUGAAACUGUCUCAGUGGCAUGAGGCAAUAUCGGAUGUGAAUACUGUGAUGGAAAUGGAACCAGACAAUGUUAAAGCCCUUAUGAGACGUGGCAUAGCCUACAAAGGCCUGAAGAUGUUUGAAAAGGCCCUGAGAGACAUGUUAGUUGUAGCCAUCAUAGAACCCCAAAACAAAAAGGCAAAGGAGGCUGUAGCAGAACUAACCAAAGCAAACAAUGAGAAGAAGAAAACAGGCAAAAGAAUGAAGACCGAAGAUCAAGAAAAAUGUACCUCCAAGAGAGGUUAUCAAUCCCAAAAGGGAGAGAAUUAUAUUGGAAAGGGAGAUCACUUGACAAAUGCUGGACAUGUCAAUGGUCUUAAUGAAGCUAAGAAGCCUGCUAGAAGAAUGACAAUUGAAGAAGUUGAGGAUGACGGUGAUAAGAACAAUGAAAUUGAAAAGCAUAUAGAAAGGCACAGACCAAAAUGCAAUGAAGAAACUAGGCUUGAGUCCACAGAAUGUACAAUCGCAAACAAUAACAGUCAAAGAGCAAAAGUCAUAUGGAAUGAAGAUGAGGUGAAUGAAAGUGAUGACAAUGCACGUACUGAAGUUCUAGUUGUAGAACACGAGUUGGUAGCUAGUGAUAGGGUGAUAACUAAAUCAAACAGUACACAUCAGCUGGCGAAUGGUUUAGUUGAAAUGACAAAUUGUGAACAAAAGAAUGAAAACAAUGAUAGAAGUAGCUCUCUUGUUGAAAUCACUGUUCAGCAAUUGGCUACCUCUAAGACAUCUUUCAGCCAAUCAAAUGCCAGUUCACAAAUGAGCAGCCAAUUAGAUGUCAGUUCAGAAACUAAAACCCAAUCACAUGCAAGCACAGGUUUUGUUGACAGCAAUGAUUGUCAAAAGAAUGUUCCAAAAGAGUCCCCAAAGGAGUUGUUUGAAAAACUGAAAGCAGAAGGAAACGCAUUAGUUAAACAGGGCAAGUUCAAGGAGGCUAUUGUCCUUUACACGCAGUGUGAUGAGACCCUGCCCGACCAGACAGUUGUGUACACCAACAGGGCCUUAUGUUACAUCAGGAACAACCAGGCCACGGAAGCAGAGGGUGACUGUACAAGGGCGUUGGCACUGGAGAAGGACAAUGUUAAGGCCCUUUUCCGACGGGCGCAGGCAAGAAAGAUUAUGAAGAAGCACCGUGAGGGCAUAGAAGACCUCAGCCAUCUAUUGAAGGUGGACCCCAAGAACACGGCAGCAAAGCAGGAGAUGGAAGUGCUCAAGAACUACUGGGUUUCGAUGGGUGAAGGAGGUUACUUGCGUGAAAAGACAGAUCAUGAACGUGCCACGCGUCAAAGAGGCUUCCCUCAAAAUUUCGACUGGAAUUUCAACAAUCAGGUUCCAUGGGAACGUGAGUCCAUAGAAACCUGUACUGUGAUGAACUCUCUGUGUUAUGGGUCUGAAAUCAGACAGGCGCGACGAGACGCAUACAGGGAGCAGGAUCGGAUUAUGUCUGCACAGGUUAUGUUAACGACGAUCACAACGGGUAGUAAAGCCGAGGGAGUGACAGACGUCUUUGAGGGUGACAGGGACAUCAUGUUUGUACUAAAUGAUGUCAUUUGUUUAGAAAAAGAUGUUAGUUCUUAUACACUGCCAAUGAACAUUACUGUUUUUACAUUAGACACCGAUGUAUGCUACCAUGGACAUUGCAUACUUGUUCUAGAGCGGCCUGGUACAAAUAUGAAAAGGAUAGUUUACAAUGCUUUGUGUUUUUAUGCAAACGGACGAGCUCUCUUGAGCAGCGACUUGUACGUAAAUGCUUAUGAUGAACUUAAAUUUGCUCCAGAAAAUAUUCGACAUGAACGUGCAGGACCGUCAACGCCGAGGUCAUUUGACGGUUGUCUGCAUGGGAUAUAUCAUAUAGACAUGGUCCAUUCUUUACGCUGUUACUGUCCAAGUAUACUUAGAAAAUGGGCUGAACGACGUCGGCAUUGGCCGACUCCGGACGUUGUUCAUAAAGUCGUUUCAAUGGGAGCUUUUUUGACACCUGUUAGUUUUAAGGGUAGCGAACAUAAACACUUAGAAUGGAGGAUCUGUUUCAAUACAGGGGAGAAUUAUCUUGUGAGCUGUCUUAAUAACACACAGAUUUACAUUUAUGUAUUACUAAAAAUGAUUAUAAAGCAAGUAGUAAAGCCACUCAAGAAAGAACUGACAUCAUAUACAGUUAAAAACAUGGUUUUGUGGAUUGCGGAGAACAAUCCACAAGAAUUAUUCAAUGAAAGAACGUUGUUUUACUGGCUACGUGAAGGACUGGUAGAACUACGAUCUGCUAUAAUAACAGAGCGCCUUUCAUAUUUCAUGAUUCCGGAUAGAAAUCUAAUGGCAGCGUGUGAUAUGGAAGAAUGUCAGAAGCGUUUGUGGGUACAAAUCAUAUCGGACAUGAUUGAAGAAGGACCGACGGUAUUGCGCAGAUUACCGAAGAUACGGCAUGCCAUUAACUUUCACCCAGAGCCUUUGAUGUGGUUCAGCAGUAAAGUAUUAGAGAUUGAACUGCUUGUUCUAAAGUACAUAAACAGAGAUUGCAGAGAUAAGAAUGGUGUGUUUAAUGAGUCGGAUACUAUGCUGCAGGUGAUAUUCAGACGUACAAUUGAGACACUUGAUGAAGUCGAGCAGAGAAUGAAAGUGAUAGGAAGUCGUGAUUUUACUGAAGCGAUUAACAUCGUGUUCGGCUGCUGAUGCAUGUAGAGUUGUCAAUUGCAGUACUAAACUGCCGUUUUAUAUGGUUAACAAACGAUGUUGACGUUAUUUCCAAUAAUUCAUAAAUCCCUGUCAAUGACAGUAUUAACUGUAUUUCAAUCCAAUGCAUCCAUUUUUAAUAAUGGUUGUUUAUGCAAGUUUUAAACCUGUAUUUUAACAGUGUUCAACCACGAUGUUGAUGUAAAUUGCACGCUUUACAUAGCAGUAUAUGAAUGGUCCUGCUAAUAAUGAUGCCAUUGAUAAUUGAUUUUUGUGUUUUUUUUUUAUGUUAUUUGUUUUGCAUUAGUUGGUGCUUGAAUGAAUAUUCUUUCAAUAAUUACAUGUAAAUAACAAAUGUCAUUAAUGUUAUUAAAUUGUCAAAUUAUCUGUGUGAUGGCAAUUGCUUCUGGUUUAAAUAGGGAAUUCAAUUAAGGUAUCAUUUGAAUGUUAAAUGUGAUGUGUUACAAGGACGAUACAAUAAAACUAUUAUUGAAGUUGUUAUUUUGUGUAGUUCGUACAUUAUUUCUCAAUGAUCAAAAACUUAAGAAAAUUUAUUGGCUUAUUUUAAUCUCUUCUUAAAAUCUGUAUUGUUUGGUUCAAGUACUAACCAAUCCUUACAAAAAUAUCAUUCUUUAAGACCAGUAUAGAGUAAUAGGAUUGGUGGAAUUGUAAGCUCGAGCGCACUGGUUUUGAACAAAUAUUAAUUCUUGUUUUUGUCAGCAAUGAGCGCACAGCUUUAAAAAUGUUGCAUUGCCCAGCCCUAUGCUCCCAAAUAUAACUAGUUGUGUGAUACAGUUUGAUAUAUGACCUCAUUAUUAAUAUCUUUAGAGUAGUGAUU